AUGGCCCCACGACGUCACAACAUCGGUGCUAGCCGCCGAAGGAGAAGAGACGAGGAGGGCGAAGAUGAGGGCUCACUGGAUGGUGAGCUGGAGGAUGACUCUCUCAGCGAAGGCUCUGUUAUCAGCCACCAAGAUGAUGAAGACGCCGAUGGAGAAGGUAGCGAUGACAGCGACGACGAGCUGCAAACGUCUUCGCACACUCGUGCUUCGCAACUCAAUGGGCGAAGGCCCGAAGUAAACCAGAAGCCGGGACGCCGCCAUUCGACAUCUCCGAGCAAACGGCUUAUCGCUAGCACGAUGUCAGAUACAGAGGCUAUGAUGAAUGGCAUGAAACUAUCGGAAGACAUCACCCGGGAGACGGAGAUCCAUUUUGAUGACUUGAAAGGGGAGCUUGGCCCUCUAACGGGAAGGACCCCAUCGGCACCACCAUCGGAACCGAGAAGGGAGACCAUUACAGAGAAGAAACGCCGGGAGCAGGAGAAAGCCAUAACCAAAGAGAAGGAUGAGAACCCUGCCUUGGUGCCCACCCGAGGGAGCUUCUUUCUUCACGAUAAGCGUUCUAUCGACACCGUGACGAAUGGCCACAAGGCUUCUACGAAAUCGAAAUCUAGGCCAUAUGGACUUAUCGUGGACGGUAAUGUGCGCAGACACAACGUCGUCAAGCCGGAUGCAAGCGAAGGGCAGUGGACGCAUGAUCUCCACGAUACCGUCGCUGGAGACCGUCCAUCGACAGCCAAGGCCCCAACCGUGCCAACAGGGUUCUCGAACUAUCCCCAGCGACCUGUUCCCACGGCUCCCAGGUCAUCCCCGCCGAAUCGGUCUUUUUCGAGCACUACGUUGAUCGGGAACGUGCCUGUGGUGGUCCUCCUACCAGGUAUGGAGCAGCCUAUCUCCUAUCCAGCAGUCACAAAAAAGCAACACACUCGACUCCCUCAGCAUCGCCCUCCGCUACGUCGCGAUAAACCCGUCCGGAUCUCGCUUCCGGGCCAACCUCCUCGAUACAUAUUUCCCGCCAUAGAGCGGUCCUUCAUCUUCAUCCCCCGGGCUCUGCGCCCGAAUCAGCAGGCGUUUCGCGGACGUCGUGGCGGUUUUAUGACGGGGCGACGCCCCAGCAUUUAUGCAAGUUCGACGUACGCCCCUAGUGUCAGUAUCAGCCGACGAUCAUCCUUGGGCAAGCCGCCCUCACAGGAGGGAUGGCACUCGCCGGCCGGCUCGGUCUUCUCACGGCCUACCAUCAUUACCACUGAAAAUGGAAAGCCAGUCGUCCGCCUACCUCCUCCACGACCGCCUCUAGGAAUCCUGCACGUUCCUGCUGGUCCAGUACUCGCCUCGUCGGCAAUACCGCCUCCUCUGUCUUCUUUACCGCAGCCCCCCGCGUACCGUGAGAGCUGCCCGGCUCCCAUUCCCAUGCAUCAGCCUCGUCCUCAGAAGGCCGUUUCAGUUGCCGACAUCGAGAUUCCGGCAGCCUUUCCCUUCCACACGCCCCAGCCCCAACAGGAGCAGCCUUUCCAUCACCAGGUGCCGAUGCCUGCCAACGGACCCGUCUAUGGUCCGGAGGCCUCUACCCACGCACCUGUUGCUCACACAUCUGCAACGCCUGUGUCCCACAUUCCCGACCGCGCGAUUCAUGCGCAGCCGUUCCAACCAUACGGAUUUCAGCAACCUCAGGUGUUCUACCCUGCAUCAUAUCCGGCGGCUGCCGUCUAUUACCCGAGUUCGGGUACAGACUAUCCCACUUUCAACGCGGCAAGUGCUCCAGGAGCUUCCGCCCCGGCCUUCCCUCAGGGACAACAUGGGCCCCCCUAUAUGGUUUCGGCGGCGCCUUCGUCAGGUGAACAAGCGUCGCAGCCAGGAAUGGUUGCCCAUGAAGCUGGCGGGACGGUCUACUUCUAUGAUGCCAACCAGAUGUAUCCCAACUCGUCAUACGGAAUGCAGAAUGUUCCCGCGCCUGGUGGAGUGGUUGGCAUGGGUGGGAUGUUAACACCCCCAGGCGCAACUUACUAUUACGCCCAGUCCCAGGGCGGUGUCUAUUAUGCCUCGCAGUGA